GCAUGCGCUAAGGUCUGUAAUCAACGCUCCGCCGCGGCUGUGGCGACGAAGAUUUCGUCUGGGCGGCCGCGUGGUCCAGGAUAGCUUGUAGAGGAUGCCCCACGAGGAAAUGCCCAACUCCAUUCACCCUCAGGAGCAAGACCAUUUACCAAGUCAGCAUGCCAGUUCUGACAAAGACAUGCCAGUUGGGCAGGAGAGUGGAGGGGUCUCAGAGGCUGGGGAGUGCCUCUCCUCUACCUCCUGUGAGUACGGACCAUCCACAUCUGCUGAAGCUUGUGCGUUGCCAGCCGCAAGGCGGGGGCCGACCCUGCUGCACAUUGAUCGGCAUCAGAUCCCGGCAGUGGAGCCCAGUGCUCAGGCCCUGGAGCUGCAGGGCCUGGGUGUGGACGUCUAUGACCAGGCUGUCCUGGAGCAGGGUGUGCUUCAGCAGGUGGACAGUGCGAUGCAGGAGGCCAGCCGUGUGGCCCAGUUUGCUGAUGCGGAGAAGGAGUAUCAGUCAGUCCUGGAUGACCUCACGUCAUGUACAGCAUCCCUGAGGCAAAUCAAUAAAAUUAUAGAGCAGCUUAGCCCUCACGCUGCCAGCAACAGAGAUAUCAACAGGAAACUGGAUUCUGUGAAACGCCAAAAGUAUAACAAGGAGCAACAGCUAAAGAAGAUAACGGCAAAACAGAAACGUCUCCAGGCCAUUCUCGGAGGGGCCGGGGUCCAAGUGGAACUGGAUCAUGUCAGCCUAGAGGAGGAAGAUGCAGAGCCAGGGCCAUCGUGUCUCGGCAGUAUGCUCAUGCCUGCCCAGGAGACCGCCUGGGAAGAGCUCAUCCGCACUGGCCAGAUGACACCGUUUGGUACCCCAGCCCCUCAGAAACAGGAGAAAAAGCCUAGGAAAAUAAUGCUCAAUGAAGCAUCAGGCUUUGAAAAAUAUUUGGCAGACCAAGCACAACUUUCAUUUGAAAGGAAGAAACAAGCUGCUAAUAAAAAAACAACUAAAAAAGCUGUGGUUUUAUCUGAGUCAAGCCAAGCAUCAAAUGAAACCAAGCCAGACCAGAGAAGUGGAGUGCUCUCUCAAACAGAUAAGCGCCUGAAGAAGCACAUCCGGAAGCUCCAGAAGAGGGCGCUGCAGUUCCAGGGGAAAGUGGGAUUGCCAAGGGGGAAGAAACCUCUGGAGCCUGAGGUGAGGCCAGAGGCGGAGGGAGACACUGAGGCUGAGGAGUCUGGGUCCUCUCCCACUGAUGGGGAGGAGGAGGAAGAGCAAGAGGAGGAGGAAGGGGUAGCCAGCCUGUCUUCUGAUGACAUUAGCUAUGAACUGAAGCCUCUUCGGAAAGGACAAAAAUACCAGAAGAAAGUCCCAGUGCAGGAGAUCGAUGACGACUUUUUUCCAAGUUCUGAGGAGGAAGAUGAAGCUAUGGAAGGAAGAGGAGGAGGCCGCAAGGGAGCGAGGCGCCAAGACGAUGGAGAUGAGGAUUACUAUAAGCAGCGGUUGAGGAGGUGGAAUAGGUUGAGGCUGCAGGACAAAGAGAGAUGCCUGAAGCUGGAAGAUGAUUCUGAGGAAAGUGAUGCCGAACUGGAUGAAGGUUUCAAAGUGCCGGGUUUUCUGUUCAAGAAGCUCUUUAAGUAUCAGCAGACAGGUGUUAGGUGGCUGUGGGAAUUGCACUGCCAGCAGGCAGGAGGAAUUCUGGGAGACGAAAUGGGAUUGGGCAAGACCAUCCAGAUAAUUGCCUUCUUGGCAGGUCUGAGCUACAGCAAGAUCAGGACUCGCGGUUCAAAUUACAGGUUCGAGGGACUAGGCCCUACUAUGAUUGUCUGCCCAACGACAGUGAUGCAUCAGUGGGUGAAGGAAUUCCACACGUGGUGGCCCCCAUUCAGAGUGGCGAUUCUGCAUGAAACAGGUUCCUAUGCCCACAAAAAGGAGAGGCUGAUUCGAGAUAUUGUUCAUUGUCAUGGCGUUUUGAUAACUUCGUAUUCUUACAUCCGACUGAUGCAAGAUGACAUUAGCAGACAUGACUGGCACUAUGUCAUCCUAGAUGAAGGACACAAAAUUCGAAAUCCAAAUGCUGCAGUCACCCUUGCUUGCAAACAGUUCCGGACACCUCAUCGGAUUAUCUUGUCUGGUUCCCCGAUGCAGAAUAACCUCCGAGAGCUGUGGUCCCUCUUUGACUUCAUCUUCCCUGGGAAGCUGGGCACAUUGCCUGUGUUUAUGGAGCAGUUCUCUGUCCCCAUCACCAUGGGGGGCUACUCCAAUGCUUCCCCAGUACAGGUUAAAACUGCCUAUAAGUGUGCAUGUGUCUUAAGAGACACGAUAAACCCGUACCUAUUGCGGAGAAUGAAAUCAGAUGUCAAGAUGAGCCUUUCGUUGCCAGAUAAAAAUGAGCAGGUCUUAUUUUGCCGUUUAACUGAUGAGCAGCACAAAGUCUACCAGGAUUUCAUCGAUUCCAAAGCGGUUUACAGGAUUCUCAACGGGGAAAACCAGAUUUUCUCUGGACUUGUAGCUCUGAGGAAGAUCUGUAACCACCCUGACCUCUUUUCUGGCGGCCCCAAGAAUGUCAGUGGUCCUCCAGAGGAUGAACGGGAAGAGGAACAGUUUGGAUACUGGAGACGCUCUGGGAAAAUGAUUGUUGUUGAGUCUUUGCUGAAAAUAUGGCACAAGCAGGGUCAGCGGGUGCUGCUGUUUUCCCAGUCCAGGCAGAUGCUACACAUACUGGAAGUGUUCCUGAGAGCCCACAAGUAUUCCUAUCUCAAGAUGGAUGGGACCACCACCAUAGCGUCACGGCAGCCGCUGAUCACAAAAUACAAUGAGGACACAUCCAUCUUUGUCUUUCUUCUGACCACACGGGUGGGUGGCUUAGGAGUGAACCUGACUGGGGCCAACAGAGUCAUCAUCUACGACCCUGACUGGAACCCAAGCACCGACACACAGGCCCGGGAACGAGCAUGGAGGAUUGGUCAGAAGAAGCAGGUGACUGUCUACAGGCUUCUGACAGCUGGCACCAUUGAGGAAAAGAUCUACCACCGACAAAUCUUCAAGCAAUUUUUGACAAACAGAGUGCUAAAAGAUCCAAAACAAAGGCGCUUUUUCAAAUCCAAUGAUCUCUAUGAGCUGUUUACUCUGACCAGUCCCGAUGCCUCCCAGGGCACUGAAACAAGUGCUAUUUUUGCAGGAACUGGCUCCAGUAUUCAGACACCCAAAUGCCAUUUUAAAAAAAGGACUUUGCCAGUCCUAGGAUUGGAUCCCAAAUUUAAGAAGCCCCCCGUUUCUAGCACACCUGCAAAUGGGACCACCCUGAUGGAAGAAAAAUCUAAGGCAACGGGAACUACAGGAAGUGUCACUUCUGGAGAAAGUGGUCCUUUGAAAGGAGACCAUCACCUAGAUGGGAGGAGAGCAAGUGUUGCUUUUGGAGAAGAGAUAGGUGCAGGGUCUACGCCGGAGCAUCGCUCAGUGACAGGUGGAGAUGGGAAGCGUGCAGAUUCUCCAACAGUUGACCAUACUUCCAGGCCAGCUGUUGAGGCGAGCACCAGUGAGAAGCCGGGUUCUUCCUGUGAGGGCGAGUGCUGCCAGGCUCAGACAGAACCUGCUCGCAUGAGCGGACAGACGGAAGGGCAUUUCUCUAAGCACAAAUCAAAAAGGAAACAUGAUUUAGUGGAGGAAGAGACCACAGAGAAACGUGCACAGCCCAAACAAAAGGCCAAGAACUCCAAGCAUUGCAGAGAUGCUAAGUUUGAGGGAACUCGAGUCCCACACCUGGUGAAGAAAAGGCGGUACCGCCAGCAGGCCGCUGAGCAGGGGGGCGGAGCCCAGGACCGCAGCAGUGAUGAUUAUGUUUUGGAAAAACUCUUCAAAAAAUCAGUGGGAGUGCACAGUGUCGUGAAGCAUGAUGCCAUCAUAGACGGGUCCAGUCCGGAUUAUGUGCUGGUGGAGGCAGAAGCCAACCGAGUGGCGCAGGAUGCCUUGAAAGCUCUGAGGCUCUCUCGUCAGCAGUGCCUGGGGGCAGCAUCUGGUGUUCCCACCUGGACUGGCCACAGGGGUACUUCUGGUGCACCAACAGGAGUGAAGAAUAGGUUUGGUCAGAAAAGGAAUUCCAGCCUCCCUGUGCAGCGUCCUUCAUCGCUAACAGAAAAGACUCAGAACAACAUGAAGAAGGAGGGGAGAGCUCCCACCCCCGAGCACUUCAGCGGCAAGGAAGACGGAGCGUCUUUGUCGGGAGCACCCAGCUCCUCCUCACUCUUGGCCAGGAUGAGAGCAAGAAACCACAUGAUUUUGCCAGAACGCUUGGAGAGUGACAGUGAGCACCUUGCUGAGUCUGCCGCUGCGCCUCCCUGCAGCACAGAGCACGACGACCUUCUGGUGGACAUGAGGAACUUCAUUGCUUUCCAGGCACAGGUGGAUGGCCAGGCCAGCACUCAGGAAAUCCUGCAGGAAUUUGAGUCCAAGCUGUCUGUGGCACAGUCCUGUGUCUUCCGAGAACUACUGAGAAAUCUGUGCAAUUUCCAUAGAACUCCUGGUGGUGAAGGGAUUUGGAAACUGAAGCCAGAAUACUGCUAACAACGAACAACGAUGAUUAGUGAUCGUGUGUGUGUGUGUGUGUGUGUGUGUGUGUGUCUGUCUGUGUGUGUCUGUGUGUGUCUGUCUGUGUCUCUGUGUGUCUGUGUGUCUCUGUGUGUCUGUAUCUCUGUGUGUCUGUGUGUCUGUGUCUGUAUCUCUGUGUGUCUGUGUGUGCAUGCACACACGUGCGUGGCUGCACUUGGUGUUUACUGUGUCAUCUACCUCAAGACUAAAACUUGAAAAUAAUUGGGGGUUUUUGUUUUGUUUUGGUGGCACUAUGAAUUAAAACCAGGGACCUAACGGUUGUUUAAUGGAGCACAUAUAGUACUUAACCCAAAAGAUGUUGCCCGAGAGCACAUUCUGCUCAAGGAUAGACCUUGGUUCUUCUUAUGGUACUGGGCGCAUGUCUCCUCUAUACACUCCAUCCCAUAAGCCACUUCCCAGGCUCUGAUAACCUUAGUUCCUCAUACAGGGUGGGUAACUAUUUCUGACUCACUGGCCACAUACAGAAAGACACUCGCUGUCUGUCAAAUCAUUAGUUACCUGUAAAUAAUUCUUUAUAGUACUUUUAAAUUAGCAGGUUUGAGUUUUGUUGUUUGUUUUAAAUGUUGCUGAAGACAGACUGGCGCCUUGCUCGUGCUAAGCAUGUGCCUCACCCCAGGCUCCAUCCAGUUCAUACAUACGAAUCAAAGUAGGAAGCCUGGCUUCUUCUCUCAUCAUUAUCCAAAGACAGUGGAAGGGGUUUCUUUAAAUAGUCAGUCAGUUCUAAACUUGGCUCAGAAGCAAGUCACGGCACCCGUUUGUUUUAUUUAUUUUUCUAGUCCUUAGCCUACAGGAGAUGAUGUUGCUCUUGCCCUCAGGCUGACUGCUGACCUGACUCACUAGUGUGAAGCGGUUGUGCUGUGCCUGUAAUGUCUGAGAGCUAAGUUAUGCCGAGCUAGAGAACGCAUAGACACCUCUUCGCUGUUGAAAGCCGCCUACUGUGCGGUAAGGGGGCAUCCCUGGCCCAGCCCUGCCACUGAGACCCAGCCCAGGAAGGCUGAGUCUGUAAACAUAGCUUUCCAGCCAAGCUGGGAGAAACUUAGAGACCAGUGCUGUAGGUUAAGAUACUUUUUAACAAUAUACAGCACCUUUAUCCAUUGAGCUGCAAUCUGAUUUUUUUUGAACAUUAAAUACUUUGUGCAGUGUAAAUAGAUUUAAUGUAUUUAAAGAUGUUAAAUAAUUACAAAUAAAAGAUUUUUAAAAUAUCAGCUUUUACUGUAUUGCCACUGCUAAAACUCCUUCAGGCGCUGCUGCCUUCCCGCCCUGUAGGGAUCUUGCUGCGCUCUAGAGCCCCAGGCAGUCGGGCAUGGCUGCUGGUGCAGGCUGCCCCUUGUCCGCUGUUUCCCUGGAACUCGGGGCCUGCCAGUUAAAGACCAUUUCUCAGCCUCCCUGCACUAAGUGUGGCCACGUGACAGUUGUAGGCAGUGAGAUGGAAGACUUUAGCUUGAAGCUUACGGAGAGUCACAGAGUGCACGCCCCAGUCAGGAUGCCUGUGAGAGCCUCAGGGGUCUCCUGGUAUUUCAAGAGAGGGUGGUUGGUCUACCAUCAAGAAUGGCUGUCUUUGACCAGAUACUUUGGAGUGAAAUAAAUGAAAUCCUACUUCACAUCAUCUAGUUGGCUUACUGUAUGUCACACACAAAUGCUGUAGGUUUCCUGUGUAUGUGACUUCCACAGUAUGCAGGUCAGUAUGCUAUCGCUGAACUGCUGAGCUCAAACCUAUCAUGGGCUCACUUUGCCCGCACUUGCCCACAGCAGUUAGUACAUUGUUUUAAAAUCAGCCUUGCUUAAUAAAAAUAACCUUAUUUUAACUUGAAUUUCCCUGAUUCAGCACCAGACAAAACACCAUAUUCACCUAGUUUCCUCAAUACAUACGAAAGACAGUCAUGAAACAGGUGAAACCAGAAAGCCAUGGGCUAGUCCCUUGUCCCCAUCCACUCCAGGUGCUGACUGUGACUCCUCCCACUGCACUGUGAAGGCCGAUGAUGUCAGACCCCACGUCUGUUUAUUCCCUCACACUCAGCAAGCUGAUGUUUGCCGCCCAUGGGAAACUCCAUUUCCCUUUUUAUCUCAUCUUCUGUGUUUUAUUUUUGUGCAUUUUCUCUUCCAAGCAAAUAUUAGAAUUAGCUUAUUAAGUUCCACUGAAGUGUUGCUCUUUUGGCCAGGAUUGCAUUAGUUUGUCCAUUAAUUGGAGGAUAAUGGACUCCUUCAUAAUUAAUAUAAUUUUCCCAUUAUAUUAUGAUAGGCCUAAUUUUAUUUAAGUCCUUUAUAUGCUUGGCCUACAUUCCUCAUAGGGUCUUCACAUUUUAUAUUAGCUCUAUUCUAGAUGUUUUACAGAAUUUUUGUUUAGGAUUUUUAAGGAUCUUUUAUUUUCACUUAAAAACCCAAAUGACUGAUGAAUUCUUGCGUCAACUUUGUGUUGCUUAUCACCAGGAGCCAUUUAGUUUAGAGCCUAAAGCUUCUCCAUUUAGUUUUUUAAUAACCAGGGUCAUGAUGCAUCUCAUGAAUGGCCUUGUUAGUUACAAGUGGUUUGGAUGGGAAGUGUCUCACCUGUAGACAUGUCUUUGGAACGCAUGGUCCUAGCUCAUGAUGCUCUGUUGGAAUAUUGUGGAAAAGCCAGACAUCCAGCUUGCUAGAGGAAGUGGAUCUCUGAAGGUUGGCCUUGAGGUUCCCUUUCCCCUCCAGCCUGGCUGCCGUCCCAUGCAGUAUACCAGUGGACCUGACGGUGCCAUGACAGACUGUCACCUGUAACGUGAGCCAAAAAUCAACCCUUCUUUCCUGAGGUUCUUUUGUCUGGGUAUUUUGUCAGCAAUAAGGUAAAUGACUAAAUGUAAUUAUACAGAAAUACGUAUUUUCUUGACGUUUGAAAAACCAUAGAUCAUUCCCUCCUUCCUGAUUUAUACAUUUAUAAAGCCACCAUACCACCAUUAUGUCCCAUGUCCAUAUAAUCAUGGGAAUGUAUCUGAACUCUAUAUUUUGUUGACUUUGUCCAUUUAUCUUUACCAAUAAGCCAUUUUUAAUCACGUAAGUUUCUAAUUGGUUGUCAGAAAUUGUAGAACAACUCUUGGAUCUUUGUUCUAUAUAUAUUAGAUCAUCUUGUCACAUUGGGAUUUUGUAAUUACAAUGAAUGAACAGAUUUGUUGAGGAUUAUUUAUGGUGCUGGAUCCCAUGUAUCUCUGAAUAAGCCAAAGCUAUGUAUUUUUAUUACAUGUUUAUAAAGAAAUAAUUGUGCUAUAUCUCACAUUUUGUAAUAGACAACUUCAUAGUAACUUACAUAGACAACUUGCAUAUGCAUAGAUAGAAAUGCAUAUCAUGCGAGCAGUUCUAUCAAAUCUUGGUGAGAACAGUGAGUCUGAUAUACUUAGUUCCAACCUUGAUUUUGUACCCGUAGUAAAGGACACCUUCUGAAACCCAUGUGUUCUCACCAUUAUAAAGGCUUGUCUCCUGGUUCUAAGUUGGCUUUGCUAACUGAUGUUAAUGUAUCAUCUAGCAACUUUGCUGAACUUGCACUCUGAUCUGUAAAUUGUUGUCACACUUGGAUCAGCUAUAAUAGCGAUGAUUGUCUUUCAUGUGUUCCAGUGUGUAUCCGCUAUGAUACAGAUAGCCUAGAAAUACAGGUGGCAUAGUAUGUAGCCAUCUCUUUCCUGCCGUUGAAGAGAACCUUUAAAACCUACAGUUGCUGCCUUUUCCCAAUAGAUAGUUAAGUCAGGUUAAGGGAAUAUUCUUUCCAGUUUUAAAUCCAGUGCUGGAUUUCAUUAAAUGUGUCUUCUGCAUAUAUUGACAGUUUUCCUCUUUAAUACCCUCUCCCAGUUUGGUGAAGUACACAGUCCAAUCUUUUAACAUCAAAACUUCUCUUAAGCUUCUACCAGUUUGGAGGUGAGGCAGGGAUGGUGCACAGAUUCAUUAGCCAAAAAUCAACUCUGACAGGAACCUGGAAGAAUAAGUCCCUCCCAAACAAAACCACGUGUCUUUGGAAACUGUCCUUAAAGCAUAUAGAAAAUGUGUCGUGCAACCAAUUCUACCAAGUCUUGGUGAGAACAGUGAGUCUGAUGUGAGGCACAGCCCCUUUGUUUCUCCCUGUCCCCAGUAUUGUGACAGACCAGCAGGUGGUAUCAGGGUCAUGUGACCCUGCCUGUACACAGCAUAUCCCACAUGAAAACCAAUGCCCAAGAACCCACUCACUACCAGGGAGAAGAAAGACUCUGCAGUGACCGAAGGAUGAAGUGGCAGUUUUCCUCAGCUCCAGGGGUGGCAGGGUUACAGGUACACAGCCGAGAUGGAGAGAUGGGAACUAUGAAGAAGUGCAGUGGGAAACAGGUUGAGACACUCCAGGAACUCUGCUGCUGCUGCUUUGCUUUCCUAGUCUGGUGUUUGUGGUGGUGGGAGCUGGUGGGUGUCUUUAGCCUUAGAGUGGGAAGACAGAGACAAGGUGAGUUUAGGUCAAGGAGGUUCUGUUAUGGACUUGGACAAAACAGUUCUCAGUGAAUUAACAUGUCUAUAGCCAGGGCUGACAAGAGGACAGAUGCAGAAUGAAGACAAACCCUGGGGUUCUCAUUCCUGUCCAGCCAUCUGUCAGUCACCUCCAAGGCCCUGGAGUAAGGCAGUGCUUUCCACAGCAAAAGCAGCCUUCAAGGCCUGAAAGGAACUUAGCAAGCAUCAUGACGAAGCCAGCAGAGGUAGUACCUACGGCAAAGUUAGCUGGGGACUAGCAAUAUGUUGCAAACCAGUGUGAGACCUCGGCUCCCAAAGUUAAUGAUGUCUAAGUCAGCUAAGUUGGUGAAACUAUACAGUGUGUUUAUUUUUCCCUUAAUAAUAUAGUCCAGGUGGGUAGAAGAGCGAGCGGGCUUUCCUAUCAGCUCCUAUUAGGCUAAGUUCUCUCUGGGAGGGGUGGGCUGCCCACAUUUCUCAUCUCUAGCUUCAGGUUGUAGGGAGAAAAUUCAGAAAUUAAAGAAUAUUUAAAAUUCCCGUAAGAGCUGGGCAUAGCACUACACACCUGCAGUCCCAGGACUUCAGGAAGUGAAGAGUCCUGGAGGCUGUCAUAGGCACAUGACUCCAUACCAGACCGUUUUCCACCUUCAUGUCUCAGUCUCCCAGUCACAGCAGUUAGCAAACGGGCACACGACCUCCUGAGGCAGCGUUCGUGUGAGAUGCGAGCCUCGGAGAGCUCUCCCUGGCUAUCUGGAUGCCAUCCUCUGACAGCUGCUCUGCUGUCUGCCCAGAGCCACACACAGCACUUUGGUCACCCACCUGCUGCCACCUGUGGCUAAGACGGCGCCCCCUGUCCUGACCCUUCGUGCUCACCACGGAUGAGACUGUACAGUGCGCCCUUGCCACCAGGGUGAACUGACGUCAACGUGGGGUCCAUCUGUCCCUGGAAUGUUGCUGCCCCAGUUGAGCCCGGCCUAUGAUGGACGGGCUCCUCGGGGCUCCUUCACCACCAGCCAUUCUUGUCCCCUCUGAGCUCAGUAGGCGACACGUGGGGAAACGUUCUGAAAAUAAAUGAGUAUUUUUGUCCCUCGUCGGACUUUCACCCACUGCUCUAACCUUCAUUGAUACUUUCUCCUAAAUCCAUUAUGGCUGCGGUGUGUGCCAAAGGCUCCUUUGACUCUCAUUUACCAUGCCUUGGCGUUUACUGGAAGGAAGAGCUGGCUCUAUUAUUUAUUUACUGGCAUCAGAAUGGACUCAUACCAUCUUUAUUGUUUGCUAGAUUAUAAUCCAUUUGGUGUUGUCUUUUAUGUUGAGGUUCAGCUAGGCCUCAUUGUGGCCAGGGCUGCUGUGAGCUGGCUCUCCCGGCCUUUGACGUUCCCCUGUGCUUUGGGCCACUUCCUUCCUGGCUCUGGCUUCUUGUGUACUUUUCUGCCUUUUCGGAGUCAGUCAUCAGGCAUUUCUCUAAAGAGUUAUGUCUCCUAAUUUUCUCUUUACCCACUCCCCUCUUGGUUUUAAACUGUUUAUUCUGGAAUUAUUUGGAAUCUGUAGAACCUUUGCAAGUCCGACUCCCGAUUCAGUGGGGAGCAGUGUUCAGAAGCUUUGUCCUGUGUGCAGCCACUAGGAUAGCACGUCUGUGUUUAUUUUCUAUCUACCCCAUGAACUAAUGGAUACUGGGUUUACGAUCUCAUUAUAAACCAUCUGCCAUUUAAAAUGAAUGUUUGAUGAGAAAUGGAAGGAAUUGGAAGAAAAAACACGAAGUCGUCGUAGAUCCUGAAUGCAGCAAACACUGGGAUCGAUGCUGGAACACAAAUGGCUGAAAUCUGGGAGUGGAGAUCAAGCCCGAGGAGCUCACAGCUUCCCAAGGAAAGGGGAAGCAUUAGGUACUCUGAAUUGAUCUGCAUAUGCUGUGCACCAAGCUGCUGCUGGACUCACUGUUUGGCUAGGAGAUUGAGCUCAUUCCUGCCAGCACACACGAGUGUGUGCCACAGCCUGUGAGGCGCACACCUCAUUCUCACCAUUCCAGUUGCCGUGAUAAAACAUUCAAGGCAAAUCGAGAACUCAAAGCAGGAGCUAAAGCAGAAUCGCGGGCAAAGUGGCUUGGUGGCUUGCGCAGCCUGCCUGCUUUUACACAGCUCAAGACCACUGCCCAGAGGUGGCUCCGCCCCUGCUGGGCUGCAUCCUCCCAAAUCAGUGAUUACUCAAGAUGUGCUCACUGGUCAGUCUCAUCACGACUAACCACACAAUUGCUAUUGUACAAGAUGGGGAAACCAAGGCACAGGUCACCGAGUGAGACAGGGCUCCCUAAUGCUACAAUAAUUGUGUCCAGCAGUGUUGAUCCCCGGGUUUCUGUUUUGGAGAGUGGCAUGUUGGGGCAUCACAGAAAGGUCUUCUGCACCAUCGAUGCACAAAGACAGAUACAUCAGGGUCAUGUUCCCAUUACAAAUAUGCACGGGCUUGGGUCUGCUGACUCAAGGAGCCAUGACUCGCUGUUCAAGUUUGCCUCAAAAAUUGGCUGCCUUGAAAGGCUUUUCAUUUGCCUUUUUCUACCUGAUUUAUUUAAUUAACAUGAUAAUUAUAAUAGCUAUGGGAUGCAAUGGUGGCUGCUUGGUACACAGCAUAUACAGAUCAAUUUAGGGUACCUAAUGUUUCCCCUUUCCAUGGGAAGCUGUGAGAUCUUCUUUUCUACCUUCUUUAUAAACUUCCUCAUGAGCUAUGAGCUGAGGUCACAGCACAGUGUUACCCACCUCUCACUGAAACGUGUUUCUCUUACACAGUUGUAUCCUGGCGCCUGUUACCAGCCUCUGUCUACCCCACUCACCCAUCUCCAGCCUCAGGUAGCUGCUGUUCUGCCCUCUACUUCUGGGACAUCAGACUUUUGGCUUUCACGCACGGACGAGCACACCCAGCACUCGUUUUUCCGUACCUGGCUUUAUUUCACCAAACAAAAUCUUCCAGUUCUGUGCAUGCAGCCACCACCAACCGGCAUCCACACUUCCUCCUGCUCCGAUACCAAUUUUAAAGGAAAAGAAAACGUGGUGGAGGUCCAACCAGUUCCUGGAGGGCCCUUUUCUCUUAUGUCACUAGGGCCAGCACUGUCCCUCCAUCAUUCCGUGGCUUCCCUGCCUCACCUACCUUCUGUGGGGCUUAGAUGGCUAUGGAACUUAGUGACCGAGGCUCUGGCCUACAGGUUCCUAGGCUCCCGGCCACCAGUACGCCCAGAGAGAAGCUUCUUUAUUCCAUAGUAAACGCCCAGCCACACAAAGGGGACGGCCUUCUCAGCAGUCCUACAUGGGCUCCUGUCACCCACUGCAGAGGUGCUCUGGCAGAUACUCAGACAUAUCUUCUUCACCCCUUGAAUGUGAUUACAGCUCAUAGAGUCAAUAGCUGGUAACUUGUGCGCUAGCCUCUUGACUGUUAUUAGGAGUCAGGUGGAGCCCCUGCUUGGCUAAGCCUCGUCCAAGCCAAGAAAAUCCACCCAGGGAGAUUGUCUCUUCUUCUGGGACUUGGGCUCUCUAGGAUCAGCUGUGAGUGACAUUUUGGAGUCCAGUGUCACCUGUGCCCUGAACUUCUCCAGGGUCUGCCUACUUGCUAUGCAGCUGGUACAGCUCCCCCCCUACAAUUGCACUACACGGCAGAUGUCAGACGGGGCUCCCACCUCCAACCCUCCCCUCGCUAAACUACGGGCCGCUACUGUGGGUAAAGUAUCGACAGAGGCUGCAAGCGAAGGCAAGCCAACGUGCCUGGUGACUGCAGGGCCAGUCCGCAUGGUUUAUUUGUAUGAAUUUGCCCCUUAGGACCUAUUGGGUUCCCAGAUGUCCACAAAUGUCAGAAAACCACAGAUGUUCAAGUCCUUUACAUACAACGGAAUAGUGUUCACAUGGAGAGUUCUGAUGCACUGUGAAUAACCAACCAAAAAAUAAGGUGGUAUUCUUCAAAAGACGCCAAAGAGGGAAGGACGGUAUGCAAUACACUAAACAGUUAGCUUUCUGAUUUUACUUUAGAAGUUGUCUCCAGCCUCUGUGAAUGUGGCCAACAGCUCCCGACCCCUAGCCCUCGGGAAAUUUCCACAGUCCCUGGGCUCCCGGUGACUCUCCAGAAGGGCAGCCAUCCGGCCAGGGUGCCAGGCUCAGAGCCAAAGGCAAAGGAAUGAAUAAAUGAUGUGAUUUCUGGGCAGAGCCAGCAGAAUUACAGUUCCUGUAACCUGAAUUUUGAGGCUUCAAUCGCCAGGGACCCUGCCCGGUCCCUCCCCACUGGUCGUGGCCCUGGAGGAAUCUGUGAGCCUCUUUUUGUCUACUUUCCUUGUGGCUCAUUGAGCACAGAAAAUGAAGCUGCAACUAUAUUUGGCCUGUUUAUUCAAGCCAUUGUGAGGAAAUGAGGUUGAGGGCAGGACUCAGGGUCAUCAGGAACGUGUCUGUGUACCGUGAAGGCGUCUGUGUACUGUGAAGGUGUCUGUGUACCGUGGAGGCGUCUGUGUACCGUGGAGGUGUCUGUGUACCGUGAAGGUGUCUGUGUACUGUGAAGGUGUCUGUGUACUGGGAAGGCGUCUGGUGUACUGGGAAGGCGUGCUGGCUUCUCCUGGUAUUUCAAAAAGCUACACUCAAGUGCAGAUGCCACUGUAGGUUAUGGUGGCAUUUGUGGGUUGGGAGACAUGGGGCUCAUUAGCCCAGCGGCACAGGAGAUUUCUGGAUACAGAAUCAGUAAGUUCUGGGGCGCAAUGAACAGCCUGAAGACCAUAGGUCAAACAUUGUAUCACAUGCUUGCAUUUGAGAACUGAGUGUACCCUAAUAUGCUAACCAUUUUUACGAAAAAAAAGUAACUUGUGAAAUGUCACUUAUGUUAAUUAGAUACCAAUUCACAAUGCAAUAUGCAUGCAACAACAUAUCAUGUACCUUCAAUCUAAGCCUUUAAAAAAAAAUGUCAAUCAGACCUCAAUAAAGUUAGAAAUUCUUUU